AUGCUGUCUCUGUGUCAUUCCUUCUUCGCCAACUCCAUCCACACCUUUGGGGAUCCCUGGACCUGCUGGGGUUGGACCCCAACAUCUGGCGGGAGGUGUGAUCCCGAAGACUGGGAGCCAGAAAUGGGACGCCAUUCAUCAGAUACUGAAGAAGAAAGCAGAAGCAAGAGAAAAAAGAAACAUUGUAGACGGUCAUCUUCAAGUAGUUCUUCAGAUAGUAGAACAUAUAGCCGAAGGAAAGAUGGAAGGAAAUCAAAGUCAAAGUCAAGAUCUUGGUCCAGAGAUCUUCAGCCUCGCUCACAUUCUUAUGAUAGAAGACGGAGACAUCGAUCAAGCAGUAGCUCUUCUUAUGGCUCUAGAAGAAAACGAAGUCGAAGUCGUUCAAGGGAUUGGGGGAAAUCCUAUAGAGUUCAGAGGUCUAGGUCAAAAAGCAGAACAAGAAGGUCCAGGUCAAGACCUCGUCCACGUUCCCAUAGUCGAAGCAGUAAAAGGUCCAGUCACAGAAGAACCCGUAGUCGAUCUCGGGAUAGAGAACAACAUAAAGGCAGAGAUAAGGAGAAAAGAGAAAAGGAGAAGGAUAAAGGCAAGGACAAGGAAUUACACAACAUUAAACGGGGGGAAUCUGGGAACAUCAAAGCUGGAUUAGAACAUCUGCCACCAGCUGAACAGGCCAAAGCCAGACUACAGUUGGUUUUUGAAGCUGCUGCAAAAGCUGAUGAAGCAUUGAAAGCCAAAGAAAGAAAUGAAGAAGCAAAGAGAAGAAAGGAGGAAGACCAAACCACCCUGGUAGAACAAGUAAAAAGAGUAAAAGAAAUUGAAGCCAUUGAAAGUGAUUCUUUUGUUCAGCAGACAUUCAGAUCAACUAAAGAAGUCAAAAAGUUGGUGGAAGCCAGUGAAGUGAAGCAUGUACCUGCAGCAUCAGGACCAGUGUCAGUAGCUGCUGAUCUACCCAGUAAUGAAAAAGAAAUAGACCUGAGCAGCAUCCCUACUGCUAUCAAGUACCAAGAUGACAAUUCUCUGGCUCAUCCGAACUUAUUUAUUGAGAAAGCUGAUGCUGAGGAGAAGUGGUUCAAGAGAUUAAUUGCUCUUCGACAAGAAAGGCUUAAUGGGCAGUCCUGUGGCCUAAUUAAUACAUAUGGUUGAAUUAACAGUAACAUUGGAAAUUUAGGUUUUUAUAUUCCAUUUUAACUUUUUACUCUUAUAAAGAAUUGACCCAAUUAUAUAAAAAGGUAAUCUCAUUUAAUUCAUUUCUCAUGUGGGCUUGAAUAUUUGUUGACUUGAACUUAAACACUGUGAAUAUUAAAACUAGUGUAAAAUUGAGGAAUGCAUGAAAAUCCCUGCUGUUAAUAAAGCUAAUCCUAAAAAUA